AUGGACUCUAACGUUGAGACUACUACUACUACUACCACUACACCAGUUGUCAAAGUGGCAACCAUUAAGACCAAGCAAGCUCUUGCUCAGAUGCUCAAGGGUGGUGUCAUCAUGGACGUCGUCACACCGGAGCAAGCAAGAAUCGCCGAGGAGGCUGGUGCUGUUGCCGUUAUGGCAUUGGAGAAGAUUCCAGCUGAUAUUAGACAUUUCGGAGGUGUCGCUCGUAUGAGUGACCCAUCCAUGAUUAAGGGUAUUAUGGAUGCCGUCACCAUCCCAGUGAUGGCCAAGGUCAGAAUCGGACACUUUGUUGAGGCCCAGAUCAUCGAGGCCAUCGGAGUCGACUACAUUGAUGAGUCCGAGGUGUUGACCAUCGCCGACGAGGAGAAUCACAUCAACAAGCACAAGUUCAACGUGCCCUUUGUCUGUGGCUGCCGCAACCUCGGCGAGGCCCUCCGUCGCAUUGCCGAGGGAGCUGCCUUCAUCAGAACCAAGGGAGAGGCCGGCACUGGCAACGUUGUCGAGGCCGUCCGUCACGCCCGCUCUGUCAACCGUGAGAUCAAGAAGCUGACCACCAUGGACGACGACGAGCUGUUCUCCUACGCCAAGGAGAUCCAGGCACCAUUGGACCUCGUCCUCGAGUGCAAGAAGCUCGGCAGACUGCCAGUCGUCAACUUUGCCGCCGGUGGUGUUGCCACCCCAGCCGACGCUGCUCUCAUGAUGCAGCUCGGUAUGGACGGAGUCUUUGUCGGUUCCGGUAUCUUCAAGAGUGGCAACCCAGCCCAGAGAGCCAAGGCCAUCGUCCAGGCUGUUACCCAUUUCAAGGAUGCUGCCAAGUUGGCUGAGAUCAGCGAGAACCUCGGUGAGGCCAUGGUUGGAAUCAACACCGACAACAUGACUGAGAAGUGGUCCACCAAGGAGAAGCAAUAA